CUUCAACGCGUCCAAUCAAUCAGCCUUGGGCUCAACCUCACGUCUAGUCUGCACGUCUGCCCUUGGGCCAACUGUCAAGAGAAGACGACGUGUGUCUUCACAUGCUUUCUUCUCCCUUAUAGCCUCUCCAUUCCUCCUAUGGCUUCGUGAGACACGCAUGAUUCUUUCAUCAUGGCCCUCACGAAUGGUAUACCAGCAGAUUAGCCGUCUACUGAAAGCCAGCACCUGUACCAACACGUGAACGAGAUGGCCGACACAUACGAGGAAGAGCCAGAGACGGGCGAGUCCCUUCUGCAGUGGGCAUGGGAUCUGGCGCUGACUCCAGUUCGAAUGAUCACGUCGCCCACAGCCAUCAAGGCAUACCUCAGUGUCAUUCUCUUCCUCACCACCUCGACCAUCCUCCUCACCAUCUCCUCCACGGCCUACGGCUUCUUCUACUACAACUACAUCCCCCAAAUCGACCUCGAGCGCGUUCUCUAUCUUCAAUAUGGCACGGGACAUUCGCCAUACGCGGUCGUCGAGCUCGACACCUCGGCGCUGAUUUCUCAACAAGCAUAUGAUGUCGAAUUAGUGCUCGACAUGCCCCGGACGGUCAAUAAUCUCGACGCAGGCAAUUUCAUGCUUGACCUGUCGCUGUUGGGACCUGGAGUCAAUGUCAAGAACGUGCCGGACCCUGUAUCGUCAUGGUUGGCUAAUAUCACCGACAAUAAUGUUCUCUACCACUCGCGCCGACCGGCCAUCUUACCAUAUUCAUCGCCAUUGGUAUCUCUCAGCCACACAGUCCUACACCUUCCAUGGCAUCUGAUGAAUUUCCGAGACUUGGACUCUUCGCGACUACAAAUCCCCAUGUUUGAACUGUUAACCUUUCCAAGAGGGUCGCGCAACGUCCCAACCCACGCUCGACUCCAAGUCCAAGCCACGACGUCGCUUCAAGUCUAUCAUUCCAAAUUGACCUUUCGGGCCAAAUUCCAAGGAUUGCGAUAUUUAAUCUACAAUUAUCGACUCACGGCAUUUGCAAUCUUCACCACUUUGUUCUAUUCUGUCAGUUUGACAACCAUGGCUGUAGCCUGGGCCGUUAUUUCAUCACUCAUGACUAAUGUUACGGAUAAGCCCGGCGGUGGUCUGUUGAUCGGUGGAGGAAGAGGAGGAGGACGAGGAGGGUUGUUACUUAAAGAUGAAAACUCCUUGUCGCAGGAUCCAAGUGGAAAAUCGGAACAUGAUUCGGAUUCAACUCAGAAGAGAAGAAGAAUCAAGACGGAAGAUGAAGCCGAGUCUUGGAUUUCUUCCUUUCCAGGCAUGACGACGGCAGCGCCACCUCCUGAGGACGCACCUUCGGCAGUGAAGACAGAAUUCGAACCACCACAAUCUCAACAACCGCCACUUUCGGCCAGUCAGGGAGAAAUUGCUGAUGAUGAAGAUGAUGAUGACGAAGAGAUUAUGUUUGAACAGCGAGGAAGGGCUUUCGAGGCGGAUUCGGGUAUUGGUACGAGUAUGGAGAGUGAACAUACGAGGUCGGGAUUGACGAGACGGAGAAGUUCUAGAAGUGUCAAUAACCAAUGAUCAUGACUUUAGGGGUAGGGUCUGAUAGGGUCUUAUACCAAUGGAGGUAUCUAAGUAGAUUCUAGUAUUGUUCUAAACAAAGAACAACAACAAC